AUGGCCAACUCCUUGCUCCUCCUCGUGGCGCUGGUCAUCGCCGGUUCCACGGCUCUGGCUUCGGCCACGACGUACACCGUCGGCGACUCGCAGGGCUGGACGACCAACGGCGACUACAGCACCUGGGCCAGCGGCAAGAGCUUCGCCGUCGGAGACAAACUAGUGUUCAACUACAUGAGCAAGGCGCACUCGGUGACGGAGGUGAGCAAGAGCGGCUACGACACCUGCUCCGGCACCAACCCGCUGAGCGACGACGAGAGAGGCUCCACCGUCAUCAUGCUCCAGACCCCGGGCACGCACUACUUCAUCUGCAACGUCCCCGGCCACUGCGCGGAAGGCAUGAAGCUAGCCGUCGCCGUCUCCUCCACGCCAUCUGGCACGACGCCUUCCGCGGGCGCCCUGCAGGUCCCGGCGAUGGCCUCCGUCGUCGCCGCCGCGGCCGCAGGCGCUGCGAUCAAGCUCGCGCUCUUCUGA